AUGGAGAGGCAAGACGAUGUGCAAAGGAUUAUGGUGAAAAAUGAGUAUCAUGCAAAGGAUUUGGCCGGAAUCCGGAAUAAGACUGGCGGCGGGUUGCCGGAAAAGACGAGCGGGCCGAUGGUUCCGUCGGAAAGUGGGGUGGUGGAGGAGGAAUGGGCGAGGCAUAAGGAGGCUAUGAAGUUGGUUGCUGGUGGUGGUGGUUUGAGUAGUUUACAAGGUGGUGUGAUUCCAAUUUUUAGGGCUUUAGAGACUUUUACUUGUGAUGCGUUAAAAGCUCAUGAGCAGGUAAGACUGCAAGGCUAA